UUCACAACAUUCCGCCCAUCACUAACCAUAUGAAAACAUUAUAAAACCACAAUUCCGGGAGCACAAUGUCGUCCAUACGUUUACUUCGACAGUUUUCAACAAAUUCUUUGAAUUUAUCUAUAAACAAAAAUGCUAUUGGUGGCCGGAGAUUAGUGGAAGGUGUUGCUGUAGCCCCUCAUGGAAAAACUAUUGUUGCCUGGCAUCCGGAUCCUUCGUACCCAUAUGAAUUUACAAAACCUCUGCCCGCUGCUACUGAAUCACAGUCAACAUCAUUGAUGAAGGAAGAAUCACUGCGAAAUGCAAUGAGUGCCUUCAAAGACAAACGUCCCGAAGUGGCACGUGCGGAAUUGAUGCGUUUAACACAUACAACCAAGCACAGAUGGUUCCCCCGUUCCAGAGACAAGAAGGCUAAGGACACUCCAAUGGAUAGACCUUAUUUGUAAGCUUUCCUAUCUUAGCGGCAUCAUUGUUUAUAAAAUAAAUGAGGAAAAAAACUUGUUGAAUAUAUCAUAAAAUAAACUAUUAUUUUAAUUAUACUUUGAAUUAUUGAAA